AAGAUUUUGUUUUUGGUGGGAUAGUCUUUGUUUCCACAUUUGAGCUCAAAACUAUAGAUAGCAGCAGGUUAGCACCUAAAAACACACUUACACACACACACACACACAGUGUUACAUAUACCCCCCUGCCCCAACCUUAUAAGAUGGUCCUUUCUCCAACAAAUCAAGCUUUAUGUGUCUGUCUGUUUUUAUGUAGCCAGUCCCCAAUGCUUCUCCAUUAUAGCUACUGUUUCUUGGCCUUGUAGGUCUGGGCUGCUCUCUUUUUUUUUUUUUUUUGCUGGAUGGAUUUUGGGGGUGUUUUGGAUAGUGGAGUGGUGGUGGCCUGUUCAGACACCAAAACUGCAACAAUAACAGCAGCAGCAGCUACUAGUAAUGCCCUGUUUACUGCAGCUUCUGAGGCUGUUUCAGAGGCUGAGACCAAGCAAAAAUGGUAUGGAUCUGUUGGGUUUUUCAAGCAGGAGAGGACUUCUGGGGCUAAUCAUGCUGCUGAAGAUGACAUGAGAGGCUCCAAAAUGGCUAAAACCACUGCUGCAGCUCUGCCCAGAAGUCCUUUUGUGGGAUCUGAACCCCACCAAAUGCUCAGCUUCUCUUCUUCUUCUUCUUCUCCCUACUAUCCCCAUGCUUCUUUUGGGGGAAACCCAGGCUAUGGAGUUGCAGGGUUGAGUGGUGGAAAUAUGCAUGGGGUGAUGAGUGGAGGAGUUAAAGGUCCUUUCACUCCAUCUCAAUGGAUGGAAUUGGAACACCAGGCCUUGAUCUACAAGUACAUUAUAGCUAAUGUUCCCAUCCCUCCUUAUCUUCUCAACCCCAUCAAGAAAGCCAUUGAAUCUGCUGCAUUAUCAAGCUUUGGGCUCAGAGUCAAUUCUUUGGGGUGGGGUGGAGCGGGCGGUUUCCAUCUCGGGUUCUCCAGCAACACUGAUCCGGAGCCAGGCAGGUGUAGGAGAACGGAUGGGAAGAAAUGGCGGUGCUCGAGAGAUGCAGUUGCAGACCAGAAGUACUGCGAGCGCCAUAUGAACAGAGGCCGCCAUCGUUCAAGAAAGCCUGUGGAAAGUCCAUCUGGCCAUCAUCCCGCCUCUGGAACCACUACUACCACCGCUGCAGCAGCCAAGCCGAUGCCAGGCGCAUCUUCGACUUCAUCAUCAGCUGCAGCAGCAGUAGCAGUGUCGGGAGGCGGUGCAUCCAACAGCCUUGCCUUCUCGCAUCACAAUCAACUCAGCAAUUUGCAGCUCCCCGCUGCAACUAAUCCUUCCGUGUCUGCUCAUCAUCUUGACAGCAGGAGCUUUUUGGAUAAGGAAUAUGCGGGCGAGAGGUAUCAAGAUCCAACAGGUCUCUCAAUUACACCUCCAAUCCUAAAAGACAGACAGUAUUCUUCUAUUCCCAAAGACCAGAAUCCAUACGAGGAAUCUUCUACAUUGAAAUUUGGAUUAGUCUGCUCUGAUUCUCUGCUAAGCAAAGGCUCUUCGCUUGUGAGCUGCAGAAACUAUGGUACUUCUGAGGUUGUCAGUGACCGCGAAAACAAAUCUCAGCAUCCAAUUCGACAGUUCAUGGACAACUGGCCUAAAAACCAAUCCGAUCGAUCUAUGGUCUUGUGGCCAGAAAUUGAUAUGCAGCAGAAGCCAGACAGCACUCAGCUCUCGAUAUCUAUCCCGAUGGCAACCUCAGAAUUCAUGUCUUCUAUAUCUCCCGCGAAUGAGAAACUGAACGCCUGCCCACUGAAACUGUCACGGGAAAUUGAAGCAACCCAAAUGAGAUUAGGAGUUGGAGCUGUCAUUAACGAGCAAAACCCGAGGCAAGGAAACUGGAUACCUAUACCAUGGGAGUCUUCCAUGGGCGGCCCUCUCGGGGAGGUUUUGCACGGGACUAAUAGCAUGACAAGCGAGUGCAAGAAUCCUUCAGCUCUUAACCUUAUGACCGAGGGAUGGAAUGGGAAUGGCAGCCCCAAACCUGCCUCAUCCCCAACUGGUGUCCUACAAAAGGCGGUUUUCUACUCUAUAUCCAACAGCAGUGCAGGGAGCAGCCCAAGAGCCGAGAGCAACAAGAACACCAACGGGGCCAGCCCUAGUAACGAGAUUCUCGGAGCAACUCUCAUGAAUCCCUCCCUCCCCGCUCUAUAACCGCCCCACCCCAAUCCAAGAUACUAGGUAAUGCAAGGAGUUCUCAUCCUCCCAUAUUUUUGUUUCUCCUAUCCAAUUAUCGGACUAAUCUAGUUUUCAUUUUCAUCAACUUAAUAUUUGUUAAAUUUUUUUCAUAUGUAAUAUCUACAACAGUUUGAGCCCAGCUUGUGAGAUUGUAGUGCUUAACCUGGGCAAUGGUUUUUAAGAUUUUUAUUCUUUGAACAUGUGAUUUUGUCUGGUUUUUGGUAAAGGGUUUCAAUCAGAUAUUUUCUUCCUGGUUGGUAGGAGGCAUGUUGGUGGGUGGGUUGCUGUAAUUGAUAAAUGAUGAGGUACACCUUCAUGGAAUGUGGUUUUCAUUUCCUCAUUAUAUUUCUUAUUGUGGUAAAUAUAUUAUACACAAACAUAUAUAUAUGUUGGUCAACUAAUAUAGAACUUAGAUUAGACAUAAUAUUUAACACCAUGUCUGUACAUUCUGGGUGGGAAGAUAUUAUAUUUUGCAAUCAAUACAAUGCUGGACCAUCAAGUUCUAUUCCAGCCUGUUUUACAUCAUUUUCCCUUCAUUAUUUCAGUGCCUUUCCUUGUGAUUUUGGUCCAUCUAGCCUUCUCUGUGGUCCUAGACAUUGUACAAAGAAUUUUGGUAGGGUCCAACUGGGGAUUUUGCCUCUGACAGAUCUUAAGGUCAUGAGUUGGUAUCCAUUUUGAAUCUCUUGCCUUUUUGGAUGUAUUAUUGGCAUAAUUGCAUGCCACUGCCAUUUUGCUAUGCUUCAAAAGUCAAGAGAAAAGACAAUGAUUGCCCCCCAAUUUCAAACCUCUGUACUUUCAACUAUUGGAGACACAAAUUAAUCAGUUGAGUUGUAUCCCGAGAGGUUCAACAAUCAGAGAUGUAUCAGAAUCCCAAUUUCAAA